AUGAGUAUCUUCUCGUCCAUGUAUGAGUGUGAGCGCAAGUUGGGGCAUGCAACCGAGUUGCAGGAUCCGCAAAGUGUCAGCCUCUGUCCGUUGACGGAACGGCGUCCAAACAAGGCAAGACGCGCAUGUUUUCUGCGAAAUAUGGAUCCAAAUUUCGGAGGUAUUUUAUUGACCAUAUCGAAGAAGCAUUACCAGGUAAUCGGAAAAUUGCUGGAGUCACUUACAGUGUCACUUUCACGGCAUGUGUUGCUCAAAUCGGCUAUAAAUCGAAUAUAUCGUGUUGAUGGCACUCAAAUCUUUGAUUUGGAUGACAUUUUUGAUGGCGACAUCAUCGUUUGUUGUUGUAAGAAAGAAGCUUUUCUUGACGUUGGCUAUAAAAUGAACAAAAGCUAUGUGCAACUUCUCGGUUCCAUAAUGCGCAUGAAUGAGAAGUUCAAUGGAAAUGAAAACAACUUUCUGUCAAACAUUACAACUGAUCAGCUGCCAGAGUCGAUAACUCUUUAUAUCGCUAUAUCUCGACUUAUGUCGCAAACCAAAUGGUCGGCUAUAUUCGAGGGUUAUGGUAGAGCCAAAGGCAACUUGGCCUAUAUCGUCAAAAUGGUCGACAAGCAGCACAUGAAUGUGAGGACCAACAACACCUACUCGGAAAUUGCGAUUUUACGCAAAUUACAGAGUCAUGAAAAUAUCAUUGAUUUGUUUUAUACGGUGGAGCAAUCCAAGUAUGAUUACAUUGUGGCUGAACGUUUGAACUGUGAUCUACUUAAUUUGUUGAUAAGUAAUCCCGCUUUCGAUGAGAAAUUCGUGCAACGCAUCAUGAUCGAUGUGGCCAAGGGACUCGAGUAUAUACAUUCCUCGCAGAUAAUUCAUCGUGACAUUAAACUGGAAAAUCUGCUGGUGCAGCUUAAAACGCAAACAGAUUUACAAUCUUUGGAUAUUUCUGUGGUGAAAAUUGGCGAUUUUGGACUGGCCACGUAUUACGAGGGUCGUGACCUCUAUCAAUGGUGUGGCACACCUCACUACAUGGCUCCGGAGUUGGUCAGCUAUGCGGGCUAUGACUUUCGUGUUGACUGCUGGUCUUUGGGAGUGUCUUUAUACUUUCUGCUCUGCAAUCAGCUGCCUUAUGGCAAUGAUUGCAGUAAGCAGGAAGAAGUCCUUGAUAGCAUUCAAAAGGACUUUCAUAGCAUACCUUCCGAAUACGUGUCAAGUCUCAGCAUUGAAGCACAACAUCUCAUAAAUUCACUGUUAGACAAGUCGCGACUUUGUCGUAUAUCGGCUACAGAGAUACGCAAACAUCCUUUUCUGCAGAUCAGACAUGAAUAA